AAAACCGGAAGCUCGAAUUCCAAACGGAUCGUAAAGAAUGGCAAUGCUUCUUCGAAUGCAACACCUAAAUCUGAAGAUUCGCCAGAAAAGAAAUCUCUGUUUGGAGACUGGACCGGAAAGACCCCGGUCUCGCUUCUUCACGAACACUGUCAAAAGCAAGGCUGGGAGAAGGCCGUUUUUGAGAUGGUCAAGCGCAAACAAGGGUUUAUCGGUAUUGUGCAGCUCAGCAAACGCAACAAAAAGACGGCUCAGAUGGAAACCGUUUCGCUCAGUCCUCCGGAUCCUUAUUUACCAACCUCGAUCGAAGCUCGACAUCUUGCUGCAACCUAUGCACUUCAUCGCAUCAACUCACACAUGCCAAUGUACCGAGUGCUUCCUCCCCAGUACCGCGAUUACUGGCACACGUUUGAUCAACUAAAGACAGCUUCUAAUCAGUGGCAGUACUCGCCCGAUCCGUUUACAGCCCAACCGCCAUCGAGUCUUGCAAAGUCGAAAACGGGUAAUUCUAGUGAAGAAUUUCGAUCGAAUUCAACUUCGACUAAUAGCAAUAACAAUAACAAUAAGUAUCAGCAACCGAAACCAAAAGAAAUGGAUGAAAAGAUGCGAAAGUAUUGGGAGAGCUUACCUGCCGUGCACAUGAGUGCAGAGAACAGAACGUUGGUUGAAAACGUAGUCAAGAGAUCGAAUACAGUUUACGAGCCACUCAAGAAACCACUGCCUGAAAAUGUUCGUCAGGACAUCAGCCAUGGUCUGGUUCGGAUGGGAUUUCGAAAAGCUCAUGUGGAGGAAGCAUUGGAAUAUUGUGGAGACAUGGGUGCUGCGCUCGAUUGGCUAUGCCUUCAUGUACCUGAGGAUGAUCUUCCUGCCAAUUUUAUGCACGCCAACUACAACCCCACCAUGACUACCAUUUCGCAUACCACACAAUCACUGGGUAGAGACUGGCUUUUGAAAAGCAUGACAGCCAUUGGUUAUCCGGCCGCCCUGUGUGAGGACAUGAUGCGCCUGACCAACGACGACGACGCAAAGGCACUCGAGCUGCUCCAGUGGCGCCUUCAUCAUGGCGAUGAACCUUUGCCGACCAUCGACGAUCCCGACCUGUGCGACCCUGACGAUCUGGAGUCGCUUCGUCAAGAGGAAGCCAUGUCGCUUGAGGCAAUCUAUGCCUCGAGAUACCAAACCAAGACGACUGCCAAAGACGGACGUGUGUACCACCGUAUCGAACUCACGGUUCAGACCGGAAAGCAACGUGUUCCGCUCUUUUUGGACUGCAUUGUGCCCAAGGACUCGAUGUACCCCCAGUCCCUUCCGAUCUUUGUUAUCGAGUGCGACGCCUUGCCGGCCUACCUCAAGCUGGCCAUGAUCAAAGGUCUGGUCGAAGAGGGAGAAAAGAGCCUGGGAUUCCCAUUGGUGUACAUGUGUGCCGAGUGGCUUUCCGAGAAUGCUGACCGGAUAGUGUCUCACCCUCCCAAGCUUCGGGAGAUUACCGAACAGAUGACAGGUCCUGCAAAGGCUAGCUGGAACCAAAAGAAUAACGGCACAAGGCACAAUGGUGGCGGAAGGUCACGUAACGGCGGUGCUCAGCGUACACCCAACAAGGCACUGUCGGAGGAACUUAAGAAGGCACUGGAGGCUCUUCACCAGUCGCCAGAGUACAGUGUGUUUCAAAAGGUCCGGUCUCGUUUGCCAGCCCAUGACUUUAAGGCCAAGGUUGUCAAGACGGUCUUGGAUAACCAAGUGACGAUCGUGAGUGGAGAGACUGGUUGUGGUAAGACAACCCAGGUUCCACAGUUUAUUUUAGAUGAAGAAAUUGAAAACGGGCGUGGCUCGGUGUGCAGCAUAUUGUGCACCCAACCCAGAAAAAUUUCUGCCAUUGGUGUAGCAGAGCGUGUGGCUUCCGAGAGAUGUGAAAAGAUUGGAACCACUGUUGGUUAUGCCAUUCGUGGUGAGACAAAGGUGUCUUCAAAAACCCAAUUACAAUUCUGUACUACUGGUGUUUUGCUUCGACGUUUACAAGGAGAUCCUUCUCUGGCUGGAAUCAGUCAUGUUAUGAUUGAUGAAGUGCACGAACGCUCAGUUGAUAGUGAUUUCUUACUUAUUAUCUUACGUCAAGUUCUCAAGAAACGUAAAGAUCUCAAGGUGGUUCUCAUGAGUGCGACAAUUAAUCAAAAAUUAUUUUCUGGCAAAUACCUUGAGAAUAUCAUCAGUAUGACAUCCUUUGUCUCUAAACUUCCAAUGCCAAGACAGGACGCCAAAGAGGACCGAUCGGGAGAAUGGGCCAAUUGGCAGCUGGCUCUUCUGGACGAAGGUUACGAUGCCCAGACGGUCCGUACACUGGCAAAGUACAGAAACCAAGACAAAAUCGAUUAUGAGCUGGUGGCCAACACAGUCCGGUAUAUUGUUGAAAAUGAGACGAUCAAGAUCGACAAUGGUGCAGAACCAGCAGUGCUGAUCUUCAUGCCUGGUGCUAUGGAAAUCAAACGCUGUGUUGAGGCUCUUCAACAAACCUUGCCUCGCUCUAGCUCAUCGUCCUAUGAAAUUUUGCCACUUCAUGCAAACCUUUCGCCUCAGGAACAGACCCGGGUAUUCAAGCAGGUUCCUGCGGACGUGUGCAAGAUUGUGGUGGCGACCAAUGUGGCCGAGACGUCUAUUACGAUUGAGGGAGUUGUGUACGUGAUUGAUUCCGGGCGGGUCAAGGAGACCCAGUUUGACGCGGCGAACAACAUGAUGCAUCUGGUCGAAACCUGGGCGUCGCGGGCGUCGUGUAAGCAGCGCCGAGGACGUGCGGGCCGUACCCGGCCAGGUAAAUGCUUCAAGCUGUUCACGCGCGACUGCGAAGACAAGAAGAUGCGGCCGCAGCAGGUGCCCGAGCUGUUGCGCACACCCUUGGAGCAGCUCUGUCUCCAGGUCAAGUCGAUGGGCGAGAACGAUGUCAGGGCGUUCCUUAGAGAAGCAAUCGAUCCUCCUUCGGUUGCCGCGCUCGACAGUGCCAUCAAGACCCUGAGGGCAGUAGAUGCCAUUGACAGCUCUGAUAACGGAGACUUGACGGCAUUAGGAAAACACAUGGCCAUGAUCCCAGCCGAUUUACGUAUCAGUAAGAUGCUAUUGUUUGGCUCCAUAUUCCGAUGCCUUGAUCCUGUCCUGACAUUGGCUGCAACCAUGUCUCUCAAGAGUCCUUUUAUAUCCCCCGGAGAUAGACGAGAAGAAGCCAGACAGGCUCGUGAACGGUUCUUGUGUGCAAAGAGUGACUGGUUGACGGACAUGCGUGCAUUUGAUGCGUGGCAGGACACUAUCCAGAACAAGGGUAUGCGAGAGGCACGGGUGUUUUGUGAAGAGAAUUUUGUGUCUUUUCCUACGAUGAAUGAGAUCCAGAACCUGCGCCGCCAGUACGCAGAUGCACUCCAGGAUAUUGGAUUCUAUGACCGAUCUCAGAAAGAACAUUAUAAUGCCAAUGCUGAGAAUACCAACCUUAUCAAGAGUAUUCUUUUUGGUGGUUUGAACCCAAACUUGGCCAAGAUUAGACUGCCGGACACCAAGUAUGACAAGGUCCUGGCUGGUGCUGUAGAACGAGAAAAAGAAGCUAGAGAAAUCAAGUUUUACACAAAGGACGAUGGUCGUGUGUUUCUUCACCCGUCUUCGAUUCUGUUCAGUAACAAUAAUUACACGGCUUCGUUCUUGACCUACUUUUCGCGUAUGACUACCUCAAAGACGUUUAUUCGCGACGGCACAGAGAUUCCGUCGUUUGCGGUCCUGUUCUUUGGUGGUCAUGUCGAUGUGGAUCAUAUGGGUAGAGGACUUAAGGUGGGAGAUGACGGGUGGGUCAAGUUUAGAGCGUGGGCUCGUAUUGGUGUACUUGUCAAUCAGCUCAAGCGGCUAUUGAAUGUCGAGUUGGAUGAGAAGAUUCAGAAUCCA